UCAUUAUGAAAAGUGGAACAUUUGUAAUGAAACGAAGGGAGUAAUAAAUUGGACUCCUUUCUUCAUUUCUAAUAUACUUAUCUAAUACACUUUUUAUAGGACAGAGAGAUUAUUAUAUAUAUAUAUAUAUAUAAGUUGCCAUGCUCCUUUUCCUUAUCAGACAUGCAUUUCUUUCCUGCAUUUUGGAGGCAUCCGCACCUAACGACCCAGCGCCCGUUGAAAAAAAUGCAAUCAUAUUUCUUUUGAAAACACCACCCCUUCCCUCGCGGAGCUUCUCCGCCAUGGCCACUGCUCAUAAAAUAAUGUUCCUCACAGUCAUCGCGGUCUCAGCCAUCGCAGUAGCGGCUGCAGAAGACUGCACGACCCACGCCGCCGACGCGGAGCAAGGCAACAAGAGCGAAGCCCUAAAGCUGAAACUGGUCGCGAUUGCUUCGAUCCUCACCGCCGGCGGCGUCGGCGUCAGCUUCCCGCUCCUCGGCCGGAAGCUGCCCGCCCUCCGCCCGGAGAACGACAUAUUCCUUAUGGUCAAGGCCUUCGCCGGCGGCGUGGUGCUCGCGACGGGAUUCGUCCACAUUCUCCCCGACGCAUUCCGCAGCCUCACAUCCCCCUGCAUCAGCCACACCCCCUGGGCCCAAUUCCCCUUCUCGGGAUUCAUCGCCAUGGCGGCCGCCAUCGCCACGCUCAUGGUCGACACCAUCGCCACCGCCUUCUACAGAAACACGCACUCGAGCAAGGCCGCCGCCGACGAGGAGGCGGCCGGCGACGCCGACCGAAGGCCGUCGGAUAUUCUCCGACAGCGCAUAAUAUCACAAGUUUUGGAGGUGGGAAUGGUGGUGCACUCGGUGGUCAUCGGGAUAUCGGUGGGGGUGUCUCGGAGCCCCGGCAAUAUAAAGCCGCUGCUGAUUGCGCUGUCGUUCCACCAGUUCUUCGAAGGGAUGGGACUUGGAGGAUGCAUCUCACAGGCGAGAUUCGAGUGGCUGAAAACUAUGGUUAUGACGGUGUUCUUCUCCGUGACGGCUCCAUUGGGGAUCGGGAUUGGAAUCGGAAUUUGUAACGUUUACAAGAGGAGCGGAGCGACAGUGGAAGGGGUGUUCGACUCGGCAUCGGCGGGGAUAUUGAUAUACAUGGCGCUCGUCGAUAUAUUAGCAGCCGAUUUCAUGAGCCCCAGGAUGGAGAACAAUGUGAAGCUUCAGUUGGGAGCGCAUACUUCUCUUCUGCUGGGUGCAGGAUCUAUGUCCUUUCUAGCUAAGUGGGCAUGAGCAUCACUAUUUCUUUAAUCACCAACUUUUCGCCUACCAACCCUUGUAAAACCAGUUUCAACUUUUCUGUUAAAUAAAUAAAUAGUUCACUUUGUGAAAACAUCUUUCUAUAUUAUACAUAAAAUUAUACCGAGAAUCUUUUGACA